GCCGCGCCGUAGGUCAGCCUGCACGCCGCCGGCUACCAUGGCGGACGUGUCCGAGCGGACGCUGCAGCUGUCUGUGCUGGUGGCCUUCGCGUCCGGAGUGCUGGUGGGCUGGCAGGCGAACCGGAUGCGGAGGCGCUACCUGGACUGGAGGAAGCGGAGGCUGCAGGACAAGCUGGCGACGACUCAGAAGAAGCUGGACCUGGCCUGAGACCCCGCGCUGUCGGCCCCCGCCGGCCCCCGCGCGCCCACCUCGCCUCGCCCACGCGGGGUCUGCGGCCCGGCGCCGGCGUGAGCCACGCUAGCUUCACACUCUCCGCCUGCAGCGCCUUGCUCUUUUUGGAGUCGUUUGUCGAAGAUGGAGAUAGAGCCCUGGACAGAUCUAAUUUCUCCUUGCACUUUAUGAGUCAAUUUUAUUUUUAAAAUAAAAAAAUUUUAAACAUCUUUGAAUCUUCUAUCAAAAGGAAAGGAGUAUCUUGCCUGCCAAGCAGUUUACUUCAUCAAAAGAUCUGGAUUCUCAAAACUGAUCUAUUAGUGUUUUUGAGCAGUUACCUUCUUUCUUAAGGAAUCUAUGCCAGUUGCUUGGUACUACUGCGAAGCAGAGUUGGCCUAGUGAUCAUAUGAAUCCUUUGGCCAACUGUUACUGGAUCUGUUCAAGAAAGCAAGGGGCUGUGUAAAAAUAACUGAGUUAAGGGUGAUGUAUAUGCCCCAAGUACAGAGUGAUAACAUACUCCAAUUAUUACUGGCAAAAAUUUCAUUUAUAUGUCAUUAUAGAAUAUAUAUUAAAGGAAAACCCUAACCCUAACUCUCUUGACUAAAGCGUAGUGAUAAAUUCCAACUGUUAUCUAAAAAUCAAGAGUAAGUGACUAAGUCCUUGGUUAUUUUUGAUUUGCAAGAGGUGUUUUCUAUAACACUGUCCUUGCUCAUAAGGAUUAAUUUUGUGUCUCAGCACAUUUAACAGCAGCUCCAUAUUAACAUAAAAGUUAGAAUAGUUGGGGUACCUGGGUGGCUCAGUCAGUUAAGUGCCUUGGCUUGGGUUGUGGUUCAGGGUCCUGGGAUUAAGCCCUGCAUCGGGCUCCGCAGGGAGCCUGCUUCUCCCUCUCCUUGCUGCUCCUCCUGCUUGUGCGUGGGUGCGCGUGCUCUCUCUCUCUCUCUCUCUGUCAAAUAAAUAGAUAAAUCUUUGAAAAGUUGUUUCCACACAAAGCCUUUUUUUCCCCAUUUUACUGGGGCCAUUAUGCUUUAUUACUUUCAAUACUUGUUUUCAUUCUGUGAAUGCAAGGACUAAAAUGUUGGUUCUUGGGCUGUAGUGUGCUUCUCAACCAUAUGAGAAGCUAAAAGCCAUUAAGUGGGAAUUCCCUCAUUAUUCUUCCUCUCAGUAGCUCUAUUGAGGGCAAAGGUUUUGAACAGGACUGCACAAUAUAGUCAUCUAGAGAGCUUUAAAAAUACUGAUCCUGGGGCGCCUGGGUGGCUCAGAUGGUUAAGUGUCUGCCUUUGGCUCAGGUCAUGAUCUCAGGGUCCUGGGAUUGAGCCCCACAUUGGGCUCCCUGCU